AUGUCCACCAGUGGUGGACAAAUAGUGGGGGACAUCGGGAAUAAACGAGAAAAGAGGACAUUCGUCAGAGAAAACAGAACAUUCGUCAGAGAGAAAAGAGAACAUUCGUCAAAGAGAAAAGAGGACAUUCGUCAGAGAGAAAAGAGAACAUUCGUCAAAGAGAAAAGAGGACAUUCGUCAGUGAGAAAAGAGAACAUUCGUCAAAGAGAAAAGAGGACAUUCGUCAGAGAGAAAAGAGAACAUUCGUCAGAUAGAAAAGAGAACAUUCGUCAAAGAGAAAAGAGAACAUUCGUCAAAGAGAAAAGAGGACAUUCGUCAGAGAGAAAAGAGAACAUUCGUCAAAUAGAAAAGAGGACAUUCGUCAGAGAGAAAAGAGAACAUUCGUCAAAGAGAAAAGAGGACAUUCGUCAGAGAGAAAAGAGAACAUUCGUCAGAGAAAAGAGAACAUUCGUCAGAGAAAAAAGAGAACAUUCGUCAGAUAGAAAAGAGAACAUUCGUCAAAGAGAAAAGAGGACAUUCGUCAGAGAGAAAAGAGAACAUUCGUCAAAGAGAAAAGAGGACAUUCGUCAGAGAGAAAAGAGAACUUUCGUCAAAGAGAAAAGAGGACAUUCGUCAGAGAGAAAGGAGAACAUUCGUCAGAGAAAAGAGAACAUUCGUCAGAGAAAAAAGAGAACAUUCGUCAGAUAG